GUCCUCCGCCCGCCCCGCCGCCCUCUGCCGCCGCACCAUGCUGCUCGCCCGAGCCCUGCGCGCCGCCGCCGCCCUGCGCCCGGCGCUGCGCCCGCCGCCGCGCCGCCUCCUGCUCUCCUCCUCCUCGCCCCGCGGCCUCCCCCCGCCGCCGCCCGGCGCCGCGCCGGGCCUGGCGCGUUCCCUGUGGCAGCUGGGCGGCGGCGGGGGCCGGACGGCGCUGCUGCGGCCGCGGCGGGGCUCGGCCGGCGGCGUGUCGUGCGGCUGCGGCGGCCUCCACACCGAGGGAGACAAAGCCUUCGCGCAGUUCCUGACGGAUGAGAUCAAGGAGGAGAAGAAGAUCCAGAAGCACAAAUCUCUGCCCAAGGUGUCCGGGGGCUGGGAGCUGGAAGUGCACGGCACGGAGGCCAAGCUGGUGCGGAAGGUAGCUGGGGAGAGGAUAACGGUGACAUUCAACAUCAAUAACAGCAUUCCACCCUCAGCUGAGGAAGAAGCACAAGAAGAGCAGAAACCUGACGAGCAGGAGCCUGAGCUUACAUCAACUCCAAACUUUGUUGUGGAAGUAAUCAAAGAUGACACAAAGCAGACCCUUGUUCUUGACUGCCAUUAUCCUGAGGAUGAGAUUGGAGAGGAGGGAGAGGAGGAAAGUGACAUUUUCACAAUUCGGGAGGUCAGUUUUCAGCCCACUGGAGAAUCAGACUGGAAGGACACCAACUACACCCUCAACACAGAUUCCCUGGACUGGGCUCUGUAUGACCACUUAAUGGAUUUCCUGGCUGACAGAGGAGUGGACAACACGUUUGCUGAUGAGUUGAUAGAGCUCAGCACUGCCCUGGAGCACCAGGAGUACAUUAAGUUCCUUGAAGACCUUAAAAGCUUUGUCAAAUGUCAGUAGGUUAGGCUGGGAAACUGAAACCUUUGGGUAGGGGUUAUUCCACAGCACUGCUCCAGCCAGCAAUACCCAAAUGUACCUUCACAGCAGAGAGCAAGUAACUUGGAAGUGGGAGAAUGAAGAUCCUCACUUGUAUUGGGGGUUUGUAUUUAUGGUGCAGCCUAGAUCAAGUUCACUAACCUUAUGGUCAAGAACUGCCUCACCCUCCUGGGUGGGUUUUGUACCAUUAAGGAUGAAUGAGAAGAAUAAAAUCUGUACAACAUAUCAUUGAAAA